UUUUGAUAGAGACCAAGUAUGAGUGAUUAGUGAGUGAGAUAGGGAGCUGAGUUGGCUUGUAAUAAAGAGUAUAAUGAGGUUUUAUGAGUAAUUAGUGAGUGAGAUAGGGAGCUGAGUUGGCUUGUAAUAAAGAGUAUAAUGAGGUUUUAUGAAUAAUUAGUGAGUGAGAUAGGGAGCUGAGUUGGCAAGUUUGUUAUGCCUCUUAGUAGUAUAUAUAGUGAGGUAAGGGGGGUGUGAGGCAUGAUGGAAGAUUAUUAUUAGGGCCAUUAUGGUUAGGCAAGGAAAGAGUCUUCUCUUUCUUUGAAGGAGCUUUGCUCUGUGGGCAUUAGGAUAUUCAUCCUAUUGCAUUUAUCUUUCAUUUUCAUAUAAUAAUACACUAUUUUCAUUAUUCCUGCUUUUAAUCCUUUUCUUCAAUAUUUUAUAAGUUGCGAAAUUUCCGGUUCGCAACAAUGGUCCGACCUGCCGGAUUCGACGUUGAGCCAGUGAUAUCGACAAAGGUGGUUCCCAGAUUUGAUGGAACGGAAGAUGGUUAUUGGUGGCUGAUCCAGUUGGAUCGGUAUUUUGAGGCUAACACUUGGCUCGUGGAAGAAAGAAAAGUGGGAUGGGUGACUGCCAUGGCUUUCAGCGGAGAUGCUUUCAGCUGGUGGUGCAAUUGUAAGCAAGGUAACCAGAAUAUCACAUGGGAGGCGUUUGAAAGGGCUUUCAUUAAGAAAUUUAUUCCAGAUAUGUGGGAGAUGCUUGAAACCGCAGAAUGUGAGGAGCAAGAAAACCAUGAAUACGUUUUGAAUGAGACAGGAGAGAACAAAGAAGAGUCGAUGGAGGUUAGAAACAAGACAGAUUCUGGACUGAUGCAAAAUUCAUCGGAGCAGUCAGAUCAGAAAUUUCCGACGACCACAACGGAGAUACCAUCAGUCAUGGAAUUCAGUGCACAACAAAACUCCGAGUGUCACAAGAAACCGGUGACUGAAUCAUAUGUGUUAUUCGAAACAGAAACGUUGGAAAAGAUGAAGAUCAAGUGGUUGGAGGAAGCCACCACAACCGUGGAGGAUCCAAACCUGGAGGAAGAUAUUUCACAAACAAGAGGGGAUCAAAUGAUUGUUCUCGACCCAGAACCACCACCGGAGCCACCGGACAAUGGUCAUCGAGUGGUAAGCAUUAAACAACCAGAAACACUUGAUGGUGAGUCGAGGAAAGCAAUUGGGUUGUCGAUGACGAUCUCACUUCCUCCUUCGACAAAACUACCGUCUCUUCCAACAGUAGGAAAGAAAGUCGUACUGCUAAUGAAGUCUGUUAAUGAAGUCAUGUGGAGAAUGGCACAAUUUGUAUUUGAUAGAGGCAAAGUUUUAAUGGAAGCAAAUCCCAACCUUGAGGACAAGGUUGUUUUGAAGGGGUGGGUAUUGAUAGAGACCAAGUAUGAGUGAUUAGUGAGUGAGAUAGGGAGCUGAGUUGGCUUGUAAUAAAGAGUAUAAUGAGGUUUUAUGAGUAAUUAGUGAGUGAGAUAGGGAGCUGAGUUGGCUUGUAAUAAAGAGUAUAAUGAGGUUUUAUGAAUAAUUAGUGAGUGAGAUAGGGAGCUGAGUUGGCAAGUUUGUUAUGCCUCUUAGUAGUAUAUAUAGUGAGGUAAGGGGGGUGUGAGGCAUGAUGGAAGAUUAUUAUUAGGGCCAUUAUGGUUAGGCAAGGAAAGAGUCUUCUCUUUCUUUGAAGGAGCUUUGCUCUGUGGGCAUUAGGAUAUUCAUCCUAUUGCAUUUAUCUUUCAUUUUCAUAUAAUAAUACACUAUUUUCAUUAUUCCUGCUUUUAAUCCUUUUCUUCAAUAUUUUAUAAGUUGCGAAAUUUCCGGUUCGCAACAAUUUUC